AAAAAAUCAACAUGACAACUCCUAGUGGUACUAACGAAUUUAAUCCUUUCAUUUUGCAAGGAACAACACCGUUGGGAAUGAAUGAUAGUGUUUCCUCUCUUUUUCAGGAUUUACUUGGCAACAUGUUGGAUAUGAAUAAUAAUUUUACAUCGCCACCAUCCUUUUUAUCUUCUCAACAAGCACAACAAACAAUUUAUAACCAACAACCAGUGGUGAUAGACAAUUCGGAAGUUGAUGAUUUUAAUUUUGACGCUCCAGACGAAGGUUUGAUAAAUCCUAAUUUACAUUCCAUUGCAUGUUUGCAAUGUAGAAAGCUACACAGAAAAUGUGACAAGAAAUAUCCUUCAUGUUCUGAAUGUUUGGAAAGAGGAAAGGAAUGUUGCUAUAGAACCCCUAAAAAGAAGGGAAGAACAAAAGGUAGUAAGAACAAACCAAAACCUACUCAACCACCUCUUCAAGAAAAGGUCAAGAAAACACUUGUAGUGGUUUCUUCUUCAUCUUCUUCGUCAUCUUCAUCAUCGUCUUCCGAUUCAGACAAUAAUUUAUCACCUCCAUCACACAGUGGUUCACCACCUUUGGAGGGAUAUACACAACAACCAAGAACAACAACAUUGGCAACAGCUAGAAAAAUUGCACAACCAUAUGCUCUUUCAAAUCAACAAUUGUUAAAUGAAAUGCUCAAAAGGAAGACUAUUGACAUGUAUUAUGACAUUAUUGGUAUGGGAUGUAGUGUUGUUCCAAAACCAAAGAUGGAAAGAUUGGCAUUUGAGUAUCUCAAUGAUGAUGAACCAAGUGGUGAAGACCAUUUUUAUGACUCUCGUUCCUACAGACUUUCAUCUACAAAAUCUAGUAUAAGAGCUCUUCUCUUUUCAAUGCAGGCAUUGUGUGAACAAAGAAGAGGAUUUUCUGAAUCGGCCAAUGCUGCAUAUAGGGAAGCUAAAAGAAAUUUAGCUAAUUCUUUUGAUGAUUUGGAUAAUCCAUAUAUUAAAUUGACAUAUGGUAACCUAUCUUCAUUUCUCGCUGGUGAGGGUGAUGACGUUACAUCUCAAUUUUACUUGAAUAAUCUGAAAUAUGCAUUGGAUAAACCAUCUGAUAAGGCAUUUAAAAGAGAUAUUGGAACAGCUAGCGAUUUAUCAGAGGAUGAUGACGAUAAAAUGAUUAGGGCAUUCAUGAUGAAAUGCUCACUAUGCUCGAAAUAUGAUAACGUGGAUAAUUUGAAUAUUUGGGAUAGUUUCAACACGCUGUACAACAUCAAAACCCAAAAACAGCCGCCAUACUCUUUAGAAAGCAUUCUCAAGAAUGGAAUUACACCUUCGGAUGUUCCCAAGUUGAUGAGUCUUUCAGAACUCAUCAAAUCUAUUUUGGAGAAUUAUGCUGUUCACAGCAGAUUUUCCACCAUUCAGUCAACACUUUCAAUGUUGAUGAAGGAAAUUAUUUACAUUUCCUCAAAAGUUACCAUCUUACUCUCUGUUGGAAUAUAUGAAGGAGAAAUGUUGGAAUCUCUUGCUGAUCAAAUUACUGUUAUCACAGAGCAUGAUUUGUUUGGAAUGUUACCUUGCAGUUUGACACAUUUCAUUAUAAUUCCAAUAUCAGUUCAUAUCAAGAUUUUCCCAAAGGUUGAAAAGAUGAUUUUGGAACGGCUGGAUAUGGGUAAAAGCCUAUUGACAAUUUUAGAAGAACCUUAUGUGAAGAAAUAUUUUGAGAAUAUUGCAAAAGAUUUAAGGGCUAUGCAAAUGCUCAAAUUGAGAUAUAAGAGAAUUGACAAGUAUUAUUCGAGAGUAAUUGCUGAUUUGGAGAAGAUUAACAAGUGGAAAUUGGAGAAACAAUUUGAUUUGAUUGAGAGUUUCGAGUUUGGCAAAUCACCUGUAAAUUCUGAUCCUACAAAAAAGAACGAGCACUUUCCAUUCAAAUCAGCAUUCCAAUCGACAUUUAUCAGCACCCAUCCUUUUGAUCCUAGUCUGAGAUAUGAGAGUAAAACUCCUGAGCAAGAGCAACAAGGAAAGCCUCAACCAAAAUCAGGUAAAGAUGUUGAGCCAGUGGGAAGUUCUCCUGUUGAUUCAACCGCUACCUUCCGAGCUAACCAUCAACCAAUCCAAUCAUCUGAUUUAUUUGAUGUUUCGAAUGACGAUCUUUUCCCUUUCGAAAUGGAUACUGUAAAUACUGAUAUUUUUGCUAAUAUUGACGAAUUCUAAUGUACAUAUUAAACUUUUAUUCUCU